AUGGUGAUGAUUCUGUUGAUAGGUAAGCGUGCGUUCACCGGCUCGUUGAAGUAUGGGCUGUCGAUUGCUACCUCGGCCUCCAAAGCUGGCACUACCCCCGUGAGGCGGUUCUCGUUCACCAGUUGGACAUCCUCCGGUCAAAAAGGCGGACCAAAUCUCAGCGCCACUGCAGCGCAGCUGGGAAACUAUGACAGUAUCCAUCUGGGUUUUACCAACUACAAUAUAUCGGUUGCGUUUCAGCCGAAGGACCGAGAGGAACAAGGGCAAAACCUUUUCGCCAAGCAGCAAAAGGGUAAUACCGAGCGCACCUACAGCGAAAGCGGCGAGGACAACUUGUUUGUGUCACACGAAAACCAAGGGUUUGUCGCUUGUGGCGUGGCUGAUGGUGUUGGUGGGUGGUCGGAAGCCGGGUACGAUUCGUCGGCUAUAUCGCGCGAGCUUUGUGCUCAAAUGAAGCUGGCAUUUGAAUCGUCAUCAGGAGAUGUCACUCCUAAGCUGCUUCUACAGCUGGCAUUCGAUGCCGUGAUGUCGCUGCCCAAAGUGGAGAUCGGUGGAACAACCGCGUGUCUUGGAGUGUUGACACCUACUCGUGAGCUUAGAGUGGCUAAUUUGGGUGAUUCUUGGUGUGCCGUGUUUCGGGAUUUUAAGCUUGUUGAGGAAAGUAAAUUCCAAACUCACAACUUCAACACCCCUUACCAACUUGCCAAAAUUCCCAAGCAUAUUAUUCGUCAAGCAGAACGGGAGGGGCGCCGUUACAUUAUCGACAACCCGGGCAUGGCGGAUGAAUAUAGCUGGCAAUUGCAGCAAGGCGAUAUCGUGAUGUUUGCCACCGAUGGCGUUUCUGACAAUGUUGUUCCUGGCGACAUUGAAGUGUUUUUGAAGGACCAAUUCGCCACCGGAACCCCCAACCUCGACAGUAUAGCCAAGAGAUUUGUUGAUGAAGUGGUCAAAGUCAGUAAGGACCCCAACUUCCCCAGUUCUUUUGCUCAGGAGUUGCUGAAGUUAACGGGUCAAAACUACCUUGGCGGUAAAGAGGACGAUAUUACAGUGGUGUUGGUUCAAGUCAAGUAG